AUGGCGGAGCUGAUGAAGAAGGAUGCUGAGGCCCCUCUAUGUUUUGAGAGCUCUCCGCUCUGGCUUCUCAUUCUUGGACUUCUUCCUCGAUUUGGGGCUCACUGGAAGCGGGCUGGAAUUUAUGACGCCAUACUCCUAUCCAAGCAAUCUAUCAACAGGGAUGAGAACCUGCUUGCUGCUGCUCUGUGUUUCUGGAAUUCUGCCAGUAACACCUUCGAUUUCGUAUAG